UACAGUCUGUGUUACAACGUUCAAACGAAGAGAUGUGAGGUUCUGCAAUAUUGUUUAGCUUAGAAUAAUUUAUAUUUUCAAUCAUGGAAGUAAGGAGUUUAGUUGUUUACUAGUUUCUAUAUUCGAUAUAAGUAAGAAUAUGUGUUCCAUCUGUGUGUGACUACUGGCGAAGACGUGAACAAUAUUGUUUAUAGUGAAACAUUUAACAGAUCCGUCAGAUGAAAAUAAACAACAACAAAAAAUCGAUAUCAGAACUUUGACAGAUUAGACAGUGCAUAAUUGGUUCUCAUAUUAAUAUUGAAGAUGGCAUCAGCGUCAAGCAGUAGUGCUAGACUUUUGUUUAGUGAUUCGAAGCGUCGCUUAGCAGAACGAGUAAACGUUAACGUUAACAAUGCAGCGUCGGUUGCAAGACAAAUCGUGAGGGGGUCAAAAUCGAAUGAGGUCUUAAUGCAAGCAGCUAAGGGCUUUGCACAACAAGAGUCAACUAUUGAAAAUACGCUACAAAACCUGAAAAGGAUGGAAUUAAUUCGUCAACAAAUGGGAUAUCAAUACGACGCAGUCGAAGAAAAUGCAAAGAAAUUGGAAUACGUGAAAGAACAAGUGAAGGCAAUGGAGCGAUAAAUUUGUGAUGUGUUAUAUAUACGUGUUGCGUUCUGUGUGCAAUUAAAUGCAAUUUAAUUUUUCAUUUUGUUCCAUUCAAAUAAAA